AUGUUAAGAAGUCAUCCUUAUGAAAUCUUCCUGAGUAUUUGGCUGUUCACUUCCAUUUAUCUACUAAUGACCGUGUGUGUAGUGCAUGUUACAAGAAAAGAUACUGAUGAUGAAUCAAAUGAAAGCUUCGAAACUCAUGAAAAUAUUCAUGACGAAAUAAUUCCUGUUGAAGAAUCACCAGAUACUUUUGUGUCAACGCCAUCAUCAAGCCAUCAAGAAUUACUUGUUCAACAAAGCAGUUAA